AUGGAGUUCCCAAGAGAAGGUCUUUCAAACAAUAGACCACCGGCUCUACUUGGCACAAACUUCUCCUACUGGAAAGCUCGAAUGCAGAUAUACAUUCUAGCACAAGGAGAAGGCGUCUGGAAUGCAAUAGAAAACGAAUGGAAAACUCCAGUUGAUGACAAAGGAAAUACAAAACCUAGAGUUGACUGGAGUGAAGAAGAAAGAACUGAAUAUGACUUUAACUCAAAAGCUAUGAAUGCAAUAUAUGGAGCGGUAAGCGAAGACACAUUUAAGCUAAUCGCAUCAACUCGCAUAGCCAAAAUUGCAUGGGGUAUAUUGUGCGAUCAUCAUGAAGGAAACACAACUGUAAGACAAUCUAAGCUUCAGAUGAUACAAACUGAGUUUGAAAACCUGAAAAUGGAGGAGGAAGAAAACAUCACCCAAUUCAGUGCCAGAGUUUUAAGCAUAUCCGGAGAUGCAUUCAACCUAGGCGAACCUAUACCCGAACAUAGGAUCGUCAAAAAGGUACUACGUUCACUACCUGGGAGAUUCCAAAUGAAGGUCACCGCUAUCCAAGAAAAUAAAGAUCUGAACACAUACAAACUUAGUGACCUAAUAGGAAAUCUUCAAACCUAUGAACUUGAGAUGUUACAAAGCCAGAAAAACAAUGGUAAAGGAAUAGCACUACAAUCCAGACAAGAAGAGAACUCAGAAACUGAUUCAGAAACCUUGGAGCAGUCAAUCGCCCUAUUGACAAAGAAUUUUAACCGAGUUCUCAAAAAGUUUAACAAGUCCAGGAAUAAAAAUUUUCAAAACAGCCAAGGAAAUUCUACGAAUCAAAAACCAUCCAAUCCAAAGAGAAGAGAUAAUACAAUUACGGAAGGAAUACAGUGCUAUGAGUGCAAAGGCUUUGGACACAUUCAAUCAGAAUGCGCCACAUACUUGAAAAGGAAAAAUAAAACAUAUAUAACAACACUGAGUGAUGACUCAGAUAGUGAAGAAGAUGAUAACAACACGAACUUCUUAGCCUUUACUGCUAGCCAUGAAGACAACAAAAGCGAUGACAUGCAAGAGUUACUAGAGGCAUACACUCAACUAAAUGCCAAAUGGGAGCAAAUCAUCAAGAAAAAUUUGGAACUCAUGGAAGAUAAUCACUAUUUAAAGAAUGAAAAAGAGCGAGUAGAGAAACAAUACAAUGAAACCCAGAACGAACUACUAGACCUCAAGAACAGAGAAACAAAACUGCUACAAGAAAUUAAGGAGCUUACCGAAAGACCCGGGACUCCAAGUACGGACACCAGUGAGAAUAACCAAUCUGAAAUACAGGAAGUGUCGCAACAGCACUUCCGACAUCGAAGAAGAAUAAGGUGCUACUAUUGUCACAAACUAGGACACAUCAAAGCACAUUGUUACAAAAGACAAAAUGACUGUUACUACAGACAAAACAACCGAGUAUGGCUACCACACAACAGAAAUAAUAGCAAGAAAGUCUGGGUAAGAAAAGACCAAAAUGUCGCAUACACUUCCAAAACAAACAAGGAGCAAGAUAUAUGGUAUUUUGACAGUGGAUGUUCCAGGCAUAUGACUGGAAAUCCAGAAAAUUUAGAGAACAUACACUAUAAAGAUGAAGGAUAUGUUACCUUUGGAGAUGGAGGAAAAGGAAAAAUUAUUGCAAAUGGAAUCCUGAAUGUACACAGACUGCCAAAACUGUCAAAAGUCUUCUUAGUACAAGGGUUAAAAGCAACCUGA